AUGUCAUGGCAGCCGCCCUAUCACAGCUCAAAGUUCCGUCAUGUGUUUGCAAAGCCCGCCUCCCGUGAGAACUGCUACACUGGCCUGCCAAUCACGCACAGUGUCCAUGACAACGCAUUCUGUGCCGUCAAUCCACGCUUCAUUGCCGUCGUGACAGAAUGCGCCGGCGGUGGGGCCUUCUUAGUCAUCUCCAUCUAUCACAGAGGCCGCGUGGACCCUCAGCACUGUCGUGUGUGUGGUCAUCACGGCCGGGUGUUGGAUGUGCGCUGGGACCCUUUCAGUGACCUGCGCAUUGCGUCCUGCUCAGAAGACUGCACGGUAAAGGUGUGGAAUAUCCCACCUCAGGGUUUAAGAGAGAACAUUGUCAGGCCCGUGAAGGACUUGCGAGGACACACCCGUCGGGUGGGGCUUAUCGAGUGGCACCCAAUCGCCAAAGACAUCCUGCUCAGCUCAGCCUAUGACUACAAGGUUCUGAUAUGGCGGCUGGACGGGGCAGGGUGUGUGUGUCGGCGGCCAGUGCGCGUGAUUGCCGUCCACUCAGACCUGGUGCUCUGCCUCAGCUUCAACACAGACGGCAGCAGAAUGGCCACCACCUGCAGAGACAGGACCAUCCGCAUCAUACACACACACAGCGGACAAGUGCUGCAGCGUUCGAGUAUGUGUUCCCACCGGCCCUGUAAGGUGGUGUUUGCAUCUGAGCUGCAGCUGCUGGUGACCACUGGAGCCUCCUACUGGAACCAGAGACAGAUCGCAGUCUGGGACUCAGAGGAUCUUACUGCACCGUUGUGGGAGGAGGAUUUAGAUGGAGAGUCUGGAGUUCUCUUCCCCUUCUUUGACCCUGAUACACACAUGAUCUUCUUGGCCGGAAAGGGUGAUGGGAAUACCCGCUUCUUUGACCUUAACUCUGUCAAGCCUUACCUGCACUACCUGGCUGAGUACAGAUCACCACUGCCGCAGAGAAGCUUGGCGGUGAUGCCAAAGCGUGGCCUGGAUGUGAACAUAUGUGAGGUGUUCCGUUUCUAUCGUGUGGUGGGAGUGAAAGACCUGCUGGAGCCCCUCUCUCUUAUUGUCCCCCGCAGGUCAGAAGGCUUCCAGGAGGAUCUCUACCCUCCCACUGCAGCCAAUGAGCCUGCUCUAACAGCUGACCAGUGGGUGGAGGGCCAUACCAGAGGUCCAUUGCUGAUGUCCCUGAGGCCUGGGACUGAAAUACAGAACCCAUACCCGGCGCCAGAAGCUGUUUCCAGGCCUCUCAGUCCCCUCACCCGGCUCCAGCCAAUGGAAACCCACUUCUCAGAGCAGCCAACCAAUCACAGUGCAGCUUACAUCUAUGACAUCAGUGAUCUGUCAGAAUGUGUAUACACCACCCAGGACAGAUGA